AACAUUGAAUGUACUGGUAUUUCAGGUGGCCAUUAAACAGAUGAAUCUUCAGCAGCAGCCGAAGAAAGAGCUGAUUAUUAAUGAGAUCCUGGUCAUGAGGGGAAAACAAAAACCCAAAUAUUGUGAACUAUCUGGACAGUUACCUUGUGGGAGAUGAGCUAUGGGUUGUCAUGGAAUACUUGGCUGGAGGCUCCUUGACAGAUGUGGUGACAGAAACCUGUAUGGAUGAAGGCCAGAUAGCAGCUGUAUGCCGAGAGUGUCUACAAGCUUUGGAGUUCCUACAUUCAAACCAAGUCAUUCACAGAGACAUCAAGAGUGACAACAUUCUGCUGGGAAUGGAUGGCUCUGUCAAGUUAACUGACUUUGGAUUCUGUGCACAGAUAACUCCAGAGCAGAGCAAAAGGAGCACCAUGGUAGGAACGCCAUAUUGGAUGGCACCUGAAGUUGUGACACGGAAGGCCUAUGGACCCAAGGUUGACAUCUGGUCCCUGGGUAUCAUGGCAAUUGAAAUGAUUGAGGGGGAGCCCCCAUACCUCAAUGAAAACCCUUUGAGAGUAAGUGUUCCCAUCUUCUUUCAAAUUAUUUGGGCUGUUGUCUCUAAUCCCAGGAAAUUGGAUUCAGGCUCUUUCUCUGUAUCCCUGGGCAUAUUAACGCAUUCUUAUAAGCCCAGAUUCAGAAGGCUGAGAUAAGAAGAUUGCCAGUUUGAGGCCAUCUUGUCUCAAA